AUGGAUAAGUCGGUGUUCGUUGCCUCGUACUUGCCGGAGCUGCGGAGGGAACGAACUCGCUUACGUAGAGGGGUGAAACCGAAGAAGUUUGCAGAGUUCAACACCGAAUCUACUGAUGAAGAGUUCGGUCGAAAAUGCAAGGCAUCACAGGAGCAUGUCAAGGAAGAGGCAGGAUAUGGAAAUCACCAAGAAGAGUUCCAGGAACUCGAAGAUGACGAGACUGCUGGUGAAUUUGAAGACACGCUCGACGAACUGAAAAUAAUCUUUAAGACCGAGAGAGUAUUUGAGAAAAAGGACGAGAAUUGGGAAGAGCUGCCUUCGCCUUGCCCUCUCAUGUUGCACUACGACUUCGGUAACUGCACCUGGCACAUCGAGACGGGCGACAAAAGCGGAAGCAAUCCCCUGCUGAAGUUUCCAUCUGAAAUAAUUGGGGGAAUGACGAAUUUGGAGAAGUUGUGGUCUGAAAGGUGCAACCUGGGUCCUACCCUUACAAGAGGUUUCCUGGAAUUUCAUAGCAAGUCCUUAAAAGAGGUACACCUCUCGAGUAACAACAUCUCCGCACUGGAGCCAGGAGCCAUCACAGGUCUUGGACCAAAUACGUUGCUCGAUCUGAGCCAAAACGAGAUCGCUGAAUUGUCUGGGGAGAAUUUCCGUCCAAUAUUGGACCACCUCCUUAGGGGAAACGGAACCCUUGCCCUAAGCGGCAAUCCGAUUGAGUGCGAUUGUGACAUGUCAUGGCUCGUGCUUGGACAGAAAUACUUAGAGAAAUUUUCUGGAAAGUGUGGCAACGGAACGGAAUUCAAAGACUUGGAUAUGGAUUACAUGACAGGCUGUGAUCGUCAAUGUCCUUACCAGUGCGUUAAGCUCCAAUGGUAUUCGUUCUGCAACCCGGAGACAGUGACUCUAUUCAAAGGUGGACAACUGUCGGUCCGAGGAAUUAUGCUGUCAGCCACAGUUAGCGACAGAGGAAAACCGUCGGAGAUUGGAGAGUGGCCCUGGCAAGCGGGCAUUUACGAUGUCGAGAAAGGAAAACUCGUUUGUGGAGGGGCGCUUAUCCAGGAGCAAUCGGUGCUGACGGCCGCACAUUGCGUCGCUGUUGGAGGUACCAGUAGAGCUCGGAAAACCAAGAAUAUUUUGGUCUACCUUGGGAAACACUAUCGAUCUAAUGCUAGGGACGACGAACUCGUCCAAGUCAAAGAGGUGUCGCGCAUAAUCAUACACAAGGAUUUCCAGAUCCAUAAUUUCGACGGGGACAUAGCUCUGUUGAGAUUAUCUGAACCCGCCGUGUUGACUGCCCGAGUUCAGCUGCUGUGUCUUCCGAACCGAUUUUUUAUCUCCGAGUUGAACCUCCAGGUCGGAGUGGAAGGAUGGGUGGCCGGUUGGGGUAGUGAUGAAACGGAUAAUCUGCCGCUCGUCCUGACGAAAGUGAAACUUCCGGUGAUAGCCAAUCCCAUAUGCAUUCGGGACACCAUUCAUUUCACGGGGGACAAGGACAUUGCUCGUACUCUUUCCUCAAACAUGUUCUGCGCUGGUCACGGAGCGGAUACUCCUCUUAAAGUUUGUCCCGGUGACUCCGGAAGCCCCAUGGUCUUCCAAUCCAACGCUUCAUUGGACAGCCCGUGGACGGUGGAAGGGAUCGUGAGUCACUUCUUUCGGAAGACUGAUUGCUCCAUGAGGCCCCCAGGACAAUAUGGCAUUUUCACGAAAGUUAACAGGUUCACCCAGUGGAUCAAUGAGAUAAUGCAAAGGGUCUUUUGA